ACUAAAGGAAGCAGUUGGCGUGAGCUAUCGCCAUUGCCAUCUCCAGGGGCCCCUUUCUCACGUUUGAAAUGAAGAUAGCCGUUUGGUCCUAGUAAACCGUCGCCUCAGCUCGCCGCAUCUUCUCCCUCUUUCUUGGAGCUCCGCCUAGAGACGUUGACAGAAAUUUGAAAUUGCUCAUCUUCUCCAUUUCAAUUCAUUCAUCCCGUUUGAUUUCCACUUUAGAGAACGCCAUGAGUGCAGAGCUUCCAGUUUUCUCAAAGGAAGAGAUGGCCGUAGAAGAGGCUCAUGGAUUCCCCAAGGCCUAUGCCUGGCUCUGUUCAAACUUAGAAACCAAUGGACCUUUCGCAAAUGGACCUCCUCCUUCCUUCAUUCCACGUGCCUUGCAGUCUCAGCAGGCAUUAAAAGUUAAAGAACUGAACCGGAUGUUCCCCGUUAUCGAUCAAGAUGUUCGCCGCCCUUAUGUGAAUCUGAAAAUUUAUGCCGAAUUUCUCUGGGUGCAGCUUGAUGAUCUUGAGAAUGCUGGAUUUGAUCCUGCUUUGUUUCGAGUUGAUCGUUUUGGAAAUGUAGUCUACCGACAUGCUGAUUCAUCUUCUCCUCUUGCUUGGGACAUUGAUCACUGGUUUCCUAUUUCACGAGGAGGUAGAACAGUUCCAAGUAAUUUGAGAAUACUGCAAUGGCAAGUGUGCAAAAAGAAGAAGAACAAACUGGAUUUCCUAAUUCCAUGGUGGGAUCUUCAGCUGGGCAUUUCAGUCAACCAAUUUCUAUCCAUAUUUGCCUCUAAGAACUCAGAUUUCAGGAGUAGAGCUUUCUCCUUCUUCUUCCUAGAUGGAGGGGAGGGACUUGAAUGUUUGCAGAAUUUUAAUCUGCAUGGUUUUCCUCAGAAAUUCUUGGAUUCCAAGAGAAAACUUGGAUUAGCUCCAGCGGCAAUCGUCUCAUCACAAAUUAGUUCUGAAAGAAUGACACUAAAGGCUAUGGAUUUUAAUAGACCAUUGGCACACAAACCUCCUUUCUCUGCAUCAAUGGAAUCAUUUCAAAAGGGAGAAGAUGCUGCUAACAUUGAACUUCAAAGAUUUAGAUCAAACUCAUUGAGGAAAAGGAAUGAGGCAAGGAAACAUCAGGAAGAGAUCAGUCGGUUGGUUGGAGAGUUGAAUAAGCUAAAGCAGCAAAAUGACACCGAGCAAACAACACUUCGUGAGUUGGAAGCAAAGCUGAGAACUACGAGAAUUCUAGUAGAAAAGUUUCGACAUCUAUCAGAAAUUCAGGCCUACUACCGAUCCCUCUUGGAAAAUAUGAUUAGAGAUGCCAUGCAUGAGGCUAUUUUUUACAAGAAGGACACCGCACAAAAUGAAGCAGCGUUACAAACUUUAUUGGCUAGAUUGGAGGCCCAGAGAGCCGACUGUGAUUCUUCUGGGAGUAAGCUCUGCGAAAUAUACAAAGAAAGAGAAGAAGUAGAGAAACGUGCCUUGGUUUGCUCUAAACAAGCCUUAAAAAUAUCGGAAGAAUAUGUUGAUUGCAAUGAAAAUAGCCAUCUUUUAUGGUUGAAGAGCAAAGUAAGAAAUCCAAUAAAAAAGAAGUUGAGAGAGUUUCUCAAGGAGGAACAAAAUGCUUUUGAGGGAGGCAUUUCCUUGUCUUUCGAUGGAAAAGAAAAUUCAAAAGAAAAAUCUAAAGUAACUAUGAGUAUUAUUACUGAAGAAAGCGAUCAUUGCCAAUCAAGUACGGUACACAAAAUCAAAGAUGUCAUUCCUCAAAUUAGUAAGCUUGAAGAAUUUGCAUUAAGUGAUGAAUCUUACAAAAGAGCUAAAGGAAAAAAGAAACAAUUUUUUGAUUACUGUAGCUCAUCAUACAAUGUUGAAGAAGGGAAUGGUAAACUUCUGGUUUCUAAGGAUCAUGAUACGACUUUUAACAACAAGCUUAUGGAAAUUCAUGAUAGUAAGCUCAAUGUUAUUAUGCCUCCUAUUAAACAAAAGAAGGUUGAAAUGAAGGAAAAGCAAGCUCAAAAUAGUGCACUUGACGGAAUUAAGACUAAUAACUCACAAAGGCAAUGGAGUCUUCAUCCAAGUUCGCAUAAACAACGAGAAGAGAUUGAAGAAUAUAGAUACCUAGUUGGAAAAGAAAAUGCUGAAAAGUGGCGUCAAAUUUUUCUGGAGAAUGCCAAGGAAGGCUCACCAUACUCUGAUUUGCAUUCAGCACCAAGGAACUUUGAUGAAAAAUUAAAGAAUGCCAAUGCUGAAAUAAAAAUAAAUGAGGUUGAUUUAUGUGCAGCUAAUAAUGGAAGAGAGAAGAAUAUUUCAAAUAAACUUCUUAUAGAAAUGAGAUUCAAAGAGAAAAGCAAGGUAGGAACUAGUGAAAGUGCUUGGAAUGUUGCAAGUAGGGGCAAAAAGGGAUUUGUUGCUGAGGAGAAAGAAGAAAGCAAAAAAGGUUUACCGAUAUGUGAGAGUUCAAGUUCAAGAGGGUGUAAACCCUUGCCUUCUUCUCCAUCUAUGAUUUUUGGGUUGAGAAAGAGGGAGUGUUGA